CUUCUCGAUGUUCUUAUUAAAUAUAAGGCCCAACUGGAAAAUGAAAACGCUGCCGGGAAGACAGCUCUUAUGCUUGCUGCUUUCAAGGGGAAUACAGAGUGCGUUUGCCACCUGAUUGAGGCGGGUGCCCGGAUCGACCACGCCGACCGCAGUGGCCUCAGUGCGAUUCACUAUGCCGUUGACGGCGAGCACCGUGCCACCGUGCAGCGCCUUAUAGAACUUGGUGCCGAUCCUAACGCCAAAGAUUCAAACCUACAGUGGACUCCGCUCCUGCGAUGUGCUGGACUGAAAAACAACGGCAAUACCGAUGUGGCGCAGCAGUUGAUUCUCAUGGGCGCACGGAUUGACGAGCAGGACGUACAUGGCAAGACGGCACUUCACAAUGCCAUUAUCUGCAAGCAUGCUGCUCUCUGCCAGUUACUGCUAGAACAUGGCGCCAGUCUGACAAUUGAAACAAAGGUUAUACUCUAA